UCUCCGCUCCGUGACCCGGAACUGCAUGAGUUUCACCUUGGCUGCGGCUCUGCGGGGAGGCGACACGUUUGGCUCCAGCUUGGUAUCUUUGACGUUCAGAUGAGAGAUAAAUGUCUGCGUAGCAGCGCGGCCCGGCUAGCUGUUCCCCUGAGAAAAAGGAAACAUGAAGCAGGACGUCAGGAUACUUUUACUGGGGGAACCCAAGGUGGGGAAGACGUCCCUCAUCAUGUCUCUGGUGGGAGAAGAGUUUCCUGAGCAGGUUCCACCCAGAGCCGAGGAAAUCACCAUCCCUGCUGACGUGACUCCAGAGAAGGUCCCCACCCACAUCGUGGACUACUCCGAAAAGGAGCAAAGUGACGAAGUCCUGAGAGACGAGAUCAUCAAGGCUAAUGUGGUGUGUGUGGUGUACGACGUCACCAACGAGGACACCAUAGAAAAGAUCAAAACCAAGUGGAUUCCUCUGGUCAAUGGAGAUGCAGAGAAAGGAAACAAGGUGCCCAUCAUCCUGGUGGGGAAUAAGUCUGACCUGCGCAGCGGCAGCUCCAUGGAGACCAUCCUUCCCAUCAUGAACCAGUUCUCUGAGAUUGAGACGUGCGUCGAGUGUUCUGCAAAGAACCUGAAGAACAUUUCUGAGCUGUUCUACUACGCACAGAAGGCCGUUCUCCACCCCACCGCUCCUCUUUACGACCCCGAGGACAAACAGCUGAAACCAGCGUGCGUUCGAGCUCUGAGCCGAAUCUUCUACAUUUCCGACCAGGACAACGACCGGAUCCUCAGCGAUGCCGAGCUCAACAGCUUCCAGAAAUCCUGUUUUGGGAAUCCUUUGGCGCCACAAGCGCUGGAGGAUGUGAAGACGGUGGUGUGGAAGAACACCAGCGACGGGGUGCAGGACAACGGCCUGACCCUGAACGGUUUCCUGUUUCUGAACACCUUAUUCAUCCAAAGGGGCCGACAUGAGACCACGUGGACGAUCCUCAGGAAGUUUGGAUACGACGACAACCUGGAGCUGACUGAUGAUUACCUGUACCCUGAACUCAGAGUCCCCGCCGGCUGCAGCACAGAGAUCAACCAGCUCGGCCACCAGUUCCUGCAGCGGUUGUUUGACAAGUACGACGAAGAUAAGGACUCGGCUCUGUCCCCGGCGGAGCUGAAGAACCUGUUCUGCGUGUGUCCUUACAUGCCGUGGAGCGCCGACGUCUUCCUGACGGUGCCCACCACAGAGCAGGGCUACAUCUCUAAUCAGGGCUACCACUGCCAGUGGAUGCUUUCUGCGUACCUGGACGUGCACCGCUGCCUGGAGCACCUUGGAUACCUGGGCUACCCGAUCCUGACCGAACAAGCGUCUCAGACUGCUGCCAUCACAGUGACUCGGGACAAAGCGGUGGAUUUGGAAAAGCGUCAAACUCAGAGGUCCGUGUUUCUCUGCAAGGUGAUCGGACCGCGAGGGACCGGCAAGAGCGCCUUCCUGCAGUCGUUUGUGGGCCGCGGCGUUGUGACUAAAGGGAAUCCCAGCAGUGCCUUCUCGUCGUUUGUCGUAAACAGAGUUCAAGUCGGCAACCAGGAGAAAUACCUGAUUCUGAACGAGGUCGACGUGGAGACGGAGUUCCUGAAGGCGUCAGACGCUUCCUGCGACGUCGCCUGUCUCAUGUACGACUCCAGCGACCCCCAUUCCUUCGACUACUGUGCCAGUAUAUACAAGCAACAUUACAUGGACAGCAACAUCCCGUGUGUGCUGGUUGCCUCCAAGGUGGACCUCCCUGAAGCCAAGCAGUUCCACGGCAUGACUCCUGCAGAGUUCUGCUACAAACACCGACUCCCUCCGCCGCUGCCUUUCUCCAGCCUGCAGCCCGACUCCAGCAGCAGGAACAUCUACAGCAGGCUGGCCUGGGCGGCCAUGUUCCCCCACCUGAACGGCUCCGACAUGAGCAGCACCUCCUUCUGGCUGAGGGUGGCGCUGGGCUCGGCCGUGGUCGCCGUUCUGGGUUUUGCCGUCUACAGAGCCGUGGCCAGGCUAAAAUGACCCGCGCCGGAUUUUACUUUCUUUUUUAAACGCGAUGCUUCAUCCGUCAUGACCAGAACCACUGAACUCUGAACUGGACCCUCAUCCCCUCUAGUUUCUUCAUCCUCCAGGAAGCUGUCCGCCUUUCUGUCCCGAUCUGGUGACCGUGUUGUUCCCUCUGCCGCCGUGCCCCGCUUCGUUUGCCUUACGCUCGACCCGGCCCGCUGGAGCCGGCCCGGAGAGCAGCUCCUGCUGUCCAGAAAGGUGCUUUAUCACGACGAGGCGCCGCGGGAAGACGGGCUCGACUCUCCUGCUCGCCCGGCGGACUAUCCGCUGAAGGUUAGAGACGAUGCUCUGCAUGCACGCAGUUGAAAAUGAUGCCAAAUCAAGCAGAACCAGAGAGAGGAGAUCCAGACCAGCUGCUAGCAGAACCGCUUCCUGGACUUUUCUCACCGAGACGCCCCUAAAAGGAGACUGAUUGCCAAAUGUGACAUUGUUCCCCCUCAGCACCAUUUUCUGUUAAUGUUCAGAGCAGCUCCUCCUGUGAUGGAAGGCUGCGUCGCUGCAUGAAGGUUUUAAUAAUGUUUGCUGUAAAACUCAGAGACGAAGCCAAGUGAACGCCGAAUGCUGUGAUGUUGAAGGAAAACACGAUUUGGUUGUUUUUUUAUGUGCCUCCAGUUUCCUGCUUCCUCUGCUCGUCCGUAAAGUUGCAGCGGCGCGACUGAAGCGGACUUUUCCUUUCCAGAACCUGCAGUCAGGGCGUGAUGUGUGGCGAGGCUGAGACCCGGUCGGUUCCCGCUGGAAACGUUUCUCUUGACUUUUCAAACACUUUUCUUACUGAGACUGAACUGAUUUUGAUGCUUAAUAAAAGAGCCAGACUGAGUGGAAGCUUCUGACCAGA